AUGGCUGAGAUUGUCAAGUCCGUCAUUGUUGGUGAAGCAGUUAGCCGGAUUAUUUCUGGUAUUGCCCCCACCAGCAAAAGGCCGGACAGAUCAGUUGAAGAAUCAGCAGAGGGUUGUGGCCUAGAGAGGCUGGAGAUGGCGCGCAUCAAAAUGGAGGCCGCGCUCCAUACGUCUGACAAGUGGCAAAUCACCAACACGUCCCUGCUCCAUUGGCGGAAGAAGCUGAAGCGUGCUGCCCAGGACUGCGACGACGUAGCGCGCAGAUGCAGGCAACUUUUUCGGGAAGAAGAGGAGGCGGCGCAGGUGGUAAGGCAAUCCUCAUUUCCUAGACAAAUGGCUCAUGCGACCAGGGUGUUCAUCUCCUCUUUGGUCGGCCGUGACAAUGACCAUUGCUCUGCGAACAGCACCACCGCCGCUGCCGUCCGAAGAUUUGAGAAGCUUGCAGAUGGUGCAAGUGAAUUCAUGAGUUUUGUACAGCUCGGUGGAACGCCACGACAACACCUAUUCUUUGACCCUCUUAUUGGGCAUGUCUUCAGGGGCAAAUCGCUGAUAUAUCAAAUGUUGCAUCCAGGCGGCCGGUACAGCUUCUUUAGCAUACGGCCGAUUGGUUUCGACGAGGGUGGGCUAGAGGCCAUUCUAUCCUUCAUGUAUGAAGACUGCAAGGUGCCCAAAAACAAUUUUGGGCUCGUGGUCAUGCUGCGUAUUUCGGAGAGUACAGACAUAAUCGGGACUACAGUCAAGUGCUUGCGACUGCUAACACCAAACUUCAAGUCCACGGCUGAUAGGGUCAUCAGAGAGAUCAUCCAGCUCCCUACGCAAGAUUUGUCGUGUGUUGCACACGAGGGACACUUGACCGACAUGCAUAAAAUUUUGGUCAGAUGGUUUCGCCCAGAUCCAUUAUGUUGUCAAGGAUACGAGCACGAUGUUGUGCCUUCUUGUCACAUCGGUAGCGACAAUGCCACCGAAAACAAAUUAAAAUUUUCUAGCAUAUUUCCUGAACCAGCCUGCGGAGUGUUUUUGUGGCGUCAUAUCUCAGUAUCGGAGUACAGUGACCUGCCGGGAUCAACUGUAGUUGUUGGUCAUGACGACAAGUCUUCAUUGGAGAAUUUCCCAUCUUUGAAGCUUGGAAUUAUGUUCCUGCCUCAUGACUCCUUGGGGGACCCCAAGUCUGAUGGUUCUGCGAUAGAGGUGAUCGAUACAGAGAAUUCACACCACCUCACAGAUGUAAAUCUUCCCCUAGACCAACUCGACAAGAUGCUUAUUCCCAAGCCAACAAAGUAUCUUCAUCAUAAUAUCAAGGCUAUGAUGUACCAAGUAUGUUGGAGGUCUAACCAUGGCAGUGCACAUCUAUGCGUGGAGAAGGCCAUCGCCGAAAAAAUGCCCGAGGUACGCAGAGCUACACGGCAAGGAAGGAACAUCAAGAGUAAUAAGGGCCUUUCUCAAGUAAAGCAGGAUUGGCUGGUGCGGUUGCGGAAGCAGGCGGGUGAAUCUUUCCGAAAACUAUGGGUUGUGCGUUCCUCGGAGAGGUUGCAGAGCUCGUUACCACAUGGCUCGAUCGGUUUGAACUGCACUAGGGAUAAAUGA